CUCAUAUUUUGUGCUUAAACUUUACAUAGCAUCAUUUUUUGCCCUCAUGUGGGCGUCGCGCCCCAAAUUGAAUUUACGUGAUGUUGCGAAAUAAUCUGAAGACUCUCCAGUUAAUAGAGUAUGAAGGAAUUUAGACACAUUCUGUAUCUGUGAAAAUCGCUCUGUUUUACAAUUCUGUGGGAGCGACGUAAUACAGGAUAGAGGUCAUUUCAAGGUUCAUGAUGUCACAACAAAAACGAAAGGUUAUGUUUCUGUUUGAUUAAUCGAUAUUUUUCCGUUAAAGAUAUUCCACAAUGGCCAAACAAUCAAGCGUUAAAUCUAAACGUAAACUAAUAAAUCCAGUUUUUCAUCUACAAACAAAAGAAGAAGAUGACAAUCAACUAACAAAAGGUAUGAUCAAAAUUGUUCGAAGGACGGGACAGCUCAACUUAUCGGGACGUAGUUUGGCCCAUGUACCUGAAAAAAUGUUUACUAUGUAUGAAUUAACAGAGGAAGACACUGCGAAAUAUAUAGACUUCAACAAAGAGCCCGAGGAGGAAAACUGGUGGCAGUUUAAACCCUUAAAUUACUUGGACCUAAGCUCAAACGUACUGCAUGAGAUUCCCGGAAAAAUUGGAAUGUUUGAGGACUUGACUGCACUCAAUUUGCAAGAUAACAACAUAACAAGUUUACCCCCUGAAAUUUGUAAUCUAACCAAGUUAACAAAACUAAACCUCAGCCAUAACAAGAUUAAUUUGUUGCCAAUGGAAUUUUACAAGUUAGUGGAGUUACAGGUCCUUUCAUUAGCUCAUAACAACUUGGAAAAAAUCUCGAAAAACUUUGCCGAUUUGGUUAUGCUACAACAAUUGGACUUGUCUCAUAAUAUUUUAACCAAAUUACCACCAGGAAUGGGGUUUUUAGUGCGACUAACUGAAAUAAAUCUCUCACAUAACAAACUAAUUGAAUUACCACCCGAUAUUGUUAACUUAAGGGGUCUCUUGAAAUUGGAUGUUACUCACAAUGACUUGGUUUACUUGCCAAAAAUGGGCGAACUUGCCAAGUUACAGUUUUUGUAUGCCCAACACAAUAAUAUUGAGGAAAUUCCAGAUUUUGAGGGCUGUACACACUUACAGCAAGUCUAUUUUGGCAACAAUUACAUAAAAGAAGUUACUACCGAUUUUUGUGAAAACAUGUCAAAUUUAAAAAUUCUUGAUUUGCGAGACAAUAAAAUCGAGCAAAUUCCCAAUGAAAUCGCGAUGUUGCAACACUUGAUUCGACUCGAUUUAACCAAUAAUGAUUUGACAGAUCUUCCCAAUUCAUUGGGUUUGUUAGCGCACUUGCAAAAUCUUCAAUUGGAAGGUAACAAGUUGAAAAAAAUCAGAGGUGAUAUUAUUAAAGGAGGAACAAUGCGCAUUUUGAAACAUUUGAAGGAGCAGCUUGAUGAUGAAGACCUUGAGAGUGUUCCUAAAGUCUCCACUAUGCAACAUGAAGCUAAAACAUUUCCCGAUAAAUACACUAUCAAACAUUCACGUUCUUUGAAUGUUACAAUGAAGCAGCUUACUUCAGUACCUGAUGAUGUUUUCGAGGAAGCCAAAUUAGCAGAAGUUACUAUUGUUGACUUGUGUAAAAAUAAACUACCUUCAGUGCCUAAUGGGAUACAAUUAGUGGCCGAAAAUUUGACCGAAUUAAAUUUGUCUAUGAAUGCUAUUAGCGAAAUUCCUGAAUUUAUCAGCAAUUGUAUAAAACUGAAAUAUUUCGAUUUGGGCAACAAUUUAUUGUCGGAUUUGCCGGAAUGUUUAAGUUCAUUGGUUGGUUUAAGAGAACUUGUACUAAGUAACAAUAGAUUUGUUCACAUACCAGAUUGUGUGUACAGUAUGGUAGGGUUAGAAAUACUUUUAGCUAGUGAUAACAAAAUAACUGAUAUUAAUGUGGAGGGACUGAAAAAUCUUACAAGAAUUGCAACUUUAGAUUUGACCAACAACAACAUGAGUCAUAUACCACCUGAACUGGGGAAUGUCACUCAACUCAGGACACUGGAGUUACGAGGUAAUUGCUUUAGACAACCGAGGUACGCAAUUUUAGAACAAGGGACUGCUUCCGUACUAAGUUAUUUGAGGGAUAGAAUUCCUAAAUAGUUUCUAGUCAUAGUUUUAUUUUCUGUUUUAUUUCGUAGGCCUUGAUCGAAACGUGUGAUUAGCAGGAUCAAAUUUUGAUAUGAUUGCCCUUUUAACCAUCUGCAAAUGUUACAGGGAUAUGCAUUACUUUGAAAAUGUAAUCGAAAAUGGUUUAUUUGUUUUUAUUGUA